GCUGCCAGAGGGAAAGAGCCACCUGCUUCUGUGCGGUGCUGAGGCGUCCGCUCCCUCGCCCAUCUCAGAGCGCCGCUCCGCGCUGCUGCCGCCACCCGCGCGUCCAACUUCUGCUUCCACCUGCCGCGGGGGUCGCCUGGAAAGUUACGGAGCUGCCGUAGUUUCCCUCCAGGGAAGCAAGCGGUGGCCGCUCGUCGAGGAAGAGGCGACCCUGGGAGGGGUGCUUGCCUGCCUCCCCUCGCGAAGGAGAAGCGUUUGGAGCCGCCGCCGGUUCGCUUUCAGCCUCGCGGAGAGGCGGGAUGGAGACCCCCUCUGCCGCCUCUUGCCGCCGCCGCUGCCCCUUGCAGCCGCCUCUGCUGCUCAGCUUGCUGCUCUUUGCCCUUUGCCCGCGGCCAGGCCUUGGAUUAUACACAGUACAUACUGUAUAUGGAGAUACAAUUAUUUUGCCUUGCCGUAUAGAGGUUCCUGAUGAUCUUAUGUUUGGAAAAUGGAAAUAUGAAGCUGCAAAUGAGGCUCCAGUAUUUAUUGCUUUCAGAUCAGCCACCAAAAAAAAUGUAUAUUAUGAUGAUUUACCAGAAUAUAAAGACCGAUUAACUUUUUUUGAAAAUUAUACCUUAUCAAUAAGUAAUGCAAGAAUUGGUGAUGAAAAGAGAUUUGUAUGCAUGCUGGUAACGGAAGACAAUGUUUUUGAAGAGCCUACAAUAGUCAAAGUGUUCAAACAACCAACACAACCUACAAUUGUAAAUCAAGCAGCGUUUUUGGAAACAGAACAGAUAAAAAUGUUGGGGGAAUGUAUUUCAAAAGAAGGGUAUCCAGAGGGAAACAUAACAUGGUACAAGAAUGGCAUGGUUUUAAAGCCUGUUGAAGGAGCUGUUGUCAUAAAUGAACAAACAAAUGUGGAUAAAGCAAAUGGACUGUACAUUAUGAUAUCUUCUCUGGAAUAUAUGCCAACAAAGGAAGACAAAAAUUCAUAUUUCACCUGUACAAUGACAUAUCAUGGACCAACAGGACGAGAAACAAUACGGUCAGAACCUGCAGUCUUCGAUAUUCACUAUCCUACAGAGAAGGUCAGAAUUCAAGUAGUUUCACAAAGAAAUACCAUUAAAGAAGGUGAUAACAUCACCCUAAGAUGUUUGGGAAAUGGCAAUCCUCCACCUGAGGAAUUUUUAUUUUAUAUUCCAGGAGAACUGGAACCUAUAAAGAGUUCAAAUAUUUACAUAUUAUCAGAUGUAAGAAGAAAUGCUUCAGGAGAAUAUGGAUGUUCUCUGAUUGAUAAAAGCUUGUCUGAUUCUACUUUAAUUACAAUACAUUAUUUGGAUUUGUCCCUUAUUCCCAGUGGAACAGUUACUAAACAGAUUGGAGAGGCACUACCAGUGUCCUGUACAGUUUCUUCUAGCAGAAAUGCCACUUUGUUUUGGCUAAAGGACAAUACCAGAAUGCGGUCAAGUCCAUCUUUUUCAAAUUUACAGUAUAAGGAUGCAGGAAAUUAUAUCUGUGAGACUACCUUACAGGAAAUUGAAGGGUUAAAGAAGAGUCAAAUACUUACACUGAUAGUAGAAGGAAAACCUCAGAUCAAAAUGUCAAAGAGAACGAGCUCAGAUGGAACAUUUAAAACAAUAUCGUGUCAUGUGGAAGGUUAUCCCAAACCAGCAGUACAAUGGACAGCCACUGGCAUUGGAACCCUUAAUAAUAAAACAGAAGAGACUAAAUAUGUCGAUGGAAAAUUUUCCAGUAAAAUUAAGAUUGCACCUGAAGAAAAUGUAACUUUAACAUGUAUUGCAGAAAAUCAGCUAGAAAGAACCAUAACAUCUUUGAAUGUAUCUGCUAUAAACUUUCCAGAAUAUGAUGAACCAGAUGAAAGAAAUAAUAAUAAUAGAGAAAAUGUUAAUGACCAGGCAAAACUAAUAGUGGGAAUCGUGGUUGGUCUUCUUCUAGCAGCUCUGGUUGCUGGUGUUGCUUACUGGCUAUACGUGAAGAAAUCAAAAAAUACUUUUUCUUUUCCUACUCGACCUGAAGCUCAACCACAGGAUGUCAGCGGAGAGUCUGAGAAGGAUGCAGCACAGAACGUUCAAAACCUCCCGAGGACUGCAUCAAAACAUGUAGAUAAAGAUCUUGGAAAUCUAGAGGAAAAUAAAAAGUUAGAAGAAAACAACCACAAGUCAGAAGCUUGAGACACAAAAUGAGUCAGUCAUCAGUCCAGGAAUAAACUUAGACCAACUGAAGCAUGAACAUGGAUUGUAUUUAAGAUAUAUACGAAGUUGUGACAGCUAUUCAUGGUUCAAGCAUUAAAGACCAUUCUACCAAGUUUUCAAAAGGAAUUUACAGUUUAUCUCAAGCUUACAAAAAGCAAAAGCAAACUAAUUUUGGCAGCAGCCGUGAUAAUAGGUCACAAAGUUGUGUUCUGUUUGAAUAUAUAUUUUUUUUGUAAAUGUCUGCACUGAAAAUUUCUUUUGGUUUGCCUUUAUGUAAAUUUUUUACGUAGCUAUUUUUAUACACUGUAAGGCUUUGUUCUGGGAGUCGCUGGUAAUCUGAUGUAUAAUGUAAUGUUUUUAUUCUGUUGGUUUUCACACCCUUAAAAGAGGUACAUUUCUAAUUCUGAUUGCUAUCAGUAAAGAUCUUACAUUGCACAGCAAGUAUCUAAUUUAUAAGAUUGCCUUAUGGGAAAAUGAGACACAUUUCUCUCUGUUUCUCAACUAUUAAGAAAAAAGGGGGAAAUAAAUCUGAUUUUUUAAAAAAAUCUGCAGUUUAUAAAACAAUGAGAAAUUAAUCAACUAUAAUGAACAUGUACAUAAUUUCCAAAAGGAGAGUUGGUUGUUAAGCAAAGUUCAUGUUGUUAUGUAUGCAAAUGUCUACUAAUAAGUCUUUUUUUAGUCAGGAAAACCUUUUUAUUGAUAGCAUUCUGAAAAACUAAUUGUUCUUGCAAUUCCAUAAUAUAUAGUGUGAAUGACUGGAAUUAUGAAUUCGUUCUGAAAUGUUUGGUUAUCCACUGCCUUAAAAAAAUCUUAAUUUCAAAGAAGAAAAUCAGUCAGAAUUGGAUUUUUUUAAAGUAACCAUAUCAAAGCUGCAUUUCUCCACAAAAUAGAAUAUAUAUUUUUUGUGUGUGUUUUUUUGUUAACUACACUACAGAUAUUGCACCUUGAGAUGAUUUUAGUGUUUUUAACUGGUACAUGAUUUAUCAAAAAGUACAUGUAACAAUGAAAUUAAAUCUAUGUAUCUUUAGUUACAUUCAAGAUUGUAACUUUAUAGAUCUGUUUUAUGCUUGAGGAAUUUUUUAGAAAGUUAGUAUAAAAAGAAACCUUUGGAUAGAUCAGGGCAACUAGACAACAGUAUUUAGCAAUGUUUCCUCCAUUAGUGGGAAAAUAGCAAAUGGGAGAAUGUAAUAGUUUUGAUCACAGCAGAAAUUUACUAGGAGUAUUAUCAGGUUUCUGUUUACAGAUUUACGAGCCAGGAAAACAGAAUGUUUUAUAGAGUACAGGGAGAUUAGUAGAAGGAAAAAUUGAUAUGGAAAUUAGGAAAUGUAUUUGCCACUUAGGGAAAAAAACACUGUUACUUGUAAAUUUGUAAAAUGUAAAAUGUCUGGGCAGUAGUGACUGAUGUCUUAAAUAAAAGCUUCCUAUAGUGUAUUGGCAUGGAUUAAAUACAUGAAAUGUCCUAUAAAUUCAACUCUGUAUUAACAUAUUAUCAAGGAAUCUUGUUAACAUCCUUUCAGGAUUUGUUAAGGCUUUAUUUGGCAAGGGAAAAAAAAAUUAAUCUUGGUCAAUGUUUAAACCAAAGUUAAAAAGGGGAUAAAACCAAAGUAAUUUGUUUUGCAUGGCUUAGCCAUUUAUGAUAUCUUUGUAAAUACUGUUUUUUUCCUUUUUUUCCUUUUUUCCUUUUUUGAAUUUUUUUAAAUUAAAUUUUUAAGCACCUGUUUUCCAAAAUAAAAUGUGAACACACACAAAAAAAAGAUUAUAUAUAACUUCUUUUUUGGUAUGAAGGUGUCACUGCUGUAGGAGAAAAUUCAACUGUUUAAUGAAUGAAAAAUGAUUUACAGGGCAAAUUACAUGUUUUUGAAUUAUAUGACAUACAUAAAUGUACUCCUAUGUAGAAAGUGAACCCAACUGGUCUGCUAAAGAAUGUGUCACUCAGCUUGCCAGACUUGAAACAAGACUGGAGACCAAAAAUGAAGCUUCUUAAUUACAUCAUCCAGCAUCAUGAGAAAGGAACAGAACUCUCACCUUCUGAGGUGCUUCUGACCAUCCGGUAUAACUCUUGAGGGUGUAUUCUUCACUGUGCAGAGGUUAAAUCAAACACAUUUCAGGAAUCAACAGUACCAAUUGAUUGUUACGAUUCAUGCCUGAAAGACAAUAAAAGUGAAGUAUGUUUUCACA